GCAAGGGCGGGGCAGGUGGAGGAGCAGGGGACUUUCCGCCUUACAAUGAUUUGGGAAAGGCUGGUAAGGCUGCGGGACCGUGUGACUGAGGCGGAUACCGGCACAGUAUGAAGCGCACAGCGUGGAGUCCGUCGAAGGGGAAAACGGAGAGAGGAAGCUGAACAUCCUGCGCAUAACUAUGGGCACAAGCUAUUCCCCUGCAGCGCUGCUCCUCCUCCUCAUCUUACUCCUGCUGCGCUCAGAUGCCAUCUCCGUGUUACCGGCACCCAGAAAUGUACGCAUUGACUCAUACAACCUGCAGCACAAAUUGCUUUGGGAUCCCAUCGAAUCGGAAAAUGUAACUUACACAGUGCAAUAUAUGGGGAACUAUAUAGGUGAGGAUGAAUAUAAUGACAUUUGUGAGAACCUUACUGAGACCGUUUGUAAUUUUACGGACGAGAUCAACUUUGAGUUGAAGGUUAUUUUGAGAGUACGAGCAGAACUGGGACCACUGCAUUCCAGCUGGAGUGAAACAUCUGAAUUCCAAGCAAUGAAUCACACCAAAAUAAGUCCUGUGAAAUCUCUAACCGUGUCCUCCAGGGAGGCAGAACACAACAGUCUCUAUGUCAGUUUUGAGUCUCCUCUACAACCAGAGAUCAUCCCACAAAAGGGCAAAAUGAAGUAUUUGUUACAAUACUGGAAAAAAGGUUCUGCUGCAAAGACUAAUCUAUCGACAAACGGGACAUUUCGUAAAAUGACCGACCUGGAGGCCUCAGCUGAGUACUGUGUGUCGGUCACUGCUCUCCUGAUGGGCCCUCAUUACAGUCUGACUGGGGAGACAAGCCACAUAGUGUGUGCCCAAACGCCAGCAACUCCAGGUUUAACUGCAGACAAAGUUAUUUUUCUUUCGGUGGGACUCCUUCUUGGCUGUUGUAUAUUCCUGGGAUUCAGCUAUACUUUCUUCAGGCAGCGCAGACUGAUCAAAAUGUGGCUGUACCCCCCAUACAGUAUACCCCCCGACAUAGAGCAGUACUUGCAAGAUCCCCCCUUGAAUGGAUACCCGAACGAAAGCAAAGAUAUGGAUUUGGCAGAAGUGCAGUACGAUCACAUUUCCAUUGUGGAAAGUGAAUCAUGACAGAAAAGCCAUUAUUGUAAUGAAGGAACCCUUAAGAAGAGAAUAGGUGAGAAAGGCUGGAAAGGAGGAGGGGGCCCUCGGCAGCAAUGUAGUAACACAUACAGGGAGCCAUGGGCAUCGCUGGAAACCUAUUUCAGGAAUAAUACUGUAAGCCAAGGUAUCCAGCACUUUUAUAACUCCCUGCGCUUACUUGCUGGAAAUUGUAUUUUAACAAUAACUGAGGAACACAGCCUUGAUAUAAACUCACAGGCAAGAAACUCCCUUCCCAGGGCACAAUGGUACCUUGGCAACGGAGCAGGCUACCUUAGUUACCUUUUGUGAUGGAACGGAGUAUCAGAGCUUGACAGAGAGGGCCCCGGCUGGCCUCAGACAUUGCUACUUGCAACAAAAUGGUAUUUGCACUUAUUUAGUGCCCAUUAGAGGCAUUUUUGUCAGUAGCCAAUGAAACUGCUUGUUUUUGGACUAAGGGGAGAAACCAAUGGAAACACAGAACAUACAGACUCCUUGCAGAUAGUGCCCAGGAAAGAACUGGAAAUGCACACAAGCACACAGCCAGCCUGAGUGCACACUUACAGGCGGAUAACAUUGAAGUCAAUGGCUGCACCGACGGUUCAUAGCGGUAUAGACACUCUCUCUGCCGGCAGAGAAGGCGCACAAUGUGACAUUGGCUGCUAUGGGGGACGCCAUGUGACUCCCGAAUUUCACUCAUUGCACUUGUGUGAAGGGGAGGAACACACAGUUCCAUGAACGGAUUCCCUUUUAUUGCACUGCACUUUAACAGCAACAUUAACAGAAGCUUGUUGUAUUUUAUUGCAAUGCAUUGUGAAUGUUACUGUGCAACCACUUUCUAAUAGACUUCUAACUUUUUUUCAAAUGUUUUAUGAUUUUUAUGACGUAAAAAUGAAUGAAUCAAA